GCUGAUCCUGAAGUACGGAAGUGUAAACGUUAAAAGUUCGUGUUGCGGAUCAAAACAGUAAACUAUUGUUUUAGUUGAAUCGAACAGCCGAUCAGCCCUCACGGCCCUCUCUCUCUCUCUCUCUUUCUGUUUCAAAAUGUUCGACUCGGAAGGUAGCAGAAGCGCAUACAAGAAUUUAGAGUGGUUUUUUCGCGGAUUCGGGAUUCGUUUGCAGUUUAUGUUCACGUGCGUGUGCCAUGCCUCGCGGAUACUGGCUCGGUCUGUCGUUCGGCUUGUUUUCAACCGCUAUGGCAUUUCCAGUGCAGCAUGAGAGGGCCAAAACAGACACCAUAAUGCAAUCAAUGCGACAAUCAAGAACACAACCUCACUAACAACCUUGCUACGGCAUCAACCAACAACAAUCGGCGCCCGGUGACCUUCCCGAUUGUGACAUAACCCUCCCUUGCGUCAAUGUGUUUGUUUGUGGCGCCUGUUGCCUUGCGUGCACCAAGUAAGGGUGAGGAUGAUGAGGCAAGGAUUCAGUGCAACAACGAACGACGUGCACGUGUAUCCUUGCCCUAUUGUGAGUUACGUACAUGUUUGUGCACUAAUGCAGAUACCUACUGCAAUGUUAUGGGCCGUUUGCAUGUCAAUGGCGAUAAGCCAUGCGAGCGUGCAAGAGAUGUUCUAGUUCUGUUUAAAGUUAUUUUGGUGCGAGAUUCGCCGAACAGCCUCAUCGCAGCAUACGCGUGAAUCGGGAAUCUCAUCAAUCUCAUCGCCUGUAUCAUACUGGACUGUCCCUUUAAGAUAUGAAAGAGCCAGAAUAUUCACUCCAUCCCUCCAGCCCUUACUUAUAUUCUCUCUCAAAAUAUUGUGUUUUAUUACAUGUAUAUUUUAUUGCUUUUAGGCAGGAGCUAGAAUCUACAUCUGCAGCCGGCACGACAAAUGAGCGAGUAGGCCUGGAGCAUAGCUGUUUACGGUAUCCCGGAAGAAUUUAUCGCGGUUCGAAAACGCGUUCGUGGUGUCGCCACACACGCAUUCAAACACAUACAUAACCACACCUACACACACCCGUCGAUCGACCGAGAUCGAGUGGCCGUAGAGGGGUGACAGAAGAGAUUGCGAGCGAGUACGGUCACGUUCGCUACCUCCCACGCACGCUGAUGGAUGGUGAACACGCAGCCACCAGACGCAACUAGUGGUGUGAUUUGGUGUAUGUGUAGAUAUAUGUAUGUAUGUGUCUGUGUAUGUGUGGUUCGCCGCGUACUCAAAAACAACCCGCAGGCCGUGGUCAGCACGAUCUCCCAUACAGACAGAAAGAGGGUGGCAGCCGCUCGGGUUGAUCGUAAACGGGUUACUCCUGGCCAUACUAGGUGUCUAGAAUUAGAUAAAAACAUCAACUUCAACAGACGAGUACGCGAUCGAGCGUGUCUGAUCAUAGAAGACACAUAGCUGGACGGUUGGUCCACAGUCCGCGCCGAAACAUGUGAACAGCGGUUGAAUGCGUCCAACGAUGCAGUAGCGUCAUCACGUACAGUGUGCGCUGAUGCUAGAAUACUCCAGUGCACUAAACAAACGAUAGAGCCAGCGAAAAAUACAACCGCGUCUCCUUUACUGUGCCGGCAGCCAAGGCGAAGCUCUCAAGACAGCACAGGAUGGAAGAGAUACUCAUGGAGUGAACAGCAAAACCGGCGGAAGCAUGUCCAACUUAAGUGAUACAUCGAGCACAAUACCAGUUGGGAACGCAGCUAUGACGGUUGCACUACCAAACCAGCCAAUAGUCCACGGUGGUGCCGUUAACCAACGACCCCGUAUGGACAUUGCGGUUGUGAUUGACUGCGAGCAUAGUACAUUUCUCAGUCACCGGAAGGCCGCAUUGGAGGAGGUGCGUCAAGCGUGUGUUCAAGUAGGUGCCAACCUGCAGCUGCUACUGUUCGAAGUGCUCGACUAUGGCGACCUCAAGACGCUCGAAGCAUUCUACAAUGCGGACGUUGUCGUAGUGGAUCUAAGCGUGCAAACGCAGCAGAGUACACUUUGCUACCAGCUUGGUGUUCGCGAGAGCUUCGAGAUGAACGAGAACAUUGUCAUUUACAACGAUACGCAUAAUGAGGCAACGUUGCGGAUGAAGAUCUCAUGCGGCAAUUAUCAGUUCGUCUCAUACCGGCUGCACGACAGUGGUAAUUGCGUGAUGGUAACGAGCCCAUUGAAGGGUGUUAGCGACGAACAAUCGCUAGGGCCUACCACACAAGUCACCACACUCGGCCAGCAGCAGCUACCACAGAACCAGCAACCGAUUACGCUACUGACUGCACUGCGCAAGUUAUUCCAAGACGUCGAAAUUCAAUCGAAGGCACACCUGCGGGAGAAGUUUCUUGCUGAUCUACGGGGAUUGCGCGAUCAGCACGCGGGAAAUGUAGAGGAACUUCAGCGAAUGUUACGUAAUAUGCGCAAACGGCUAGACGAUCCCCACGUCCUUUCGAAAGAGAUCGUGCAGACGUACAUGCUCUCCUUACGUGACGUUCAAGACUACGAUGCGAUGGUACAACUGGUAGACGAUCUUCAGACAAUACCGAACAAGCAAAACUACAUUAAUACUGGUCAUAUGCACUACCUCUACGCGUUUGCACUGAACCGUCGCAACCGUGAAGGCGACCGUGAACGGGCUCUACGCACCUGCACAAAGGCCUUGGAGAAAAAAGAGAACCACUUCCCAGAUAUGCUGUGUCUGUAUGGACGCAUCUAUAAGGACAUGUUCGUCGAGUCAAACCAUACAGACCAGGAGAGCCUUCGGAAUGCGAUUAUUUGGUACCGAAAGUCAUUCGAGGUGCAACCGAACGAGUUUGCUGGUAUCAACCUGGCUACGCUGCUGGUGAUCGACGGGAAGGACUUUGCCGACACUGAGCUACAGUAUAUUACGAUGAAACUGAAUAACUUGAUUGGCAAAAAAGGUUCACUUGCGCAGAUCCGUGACUAUUGGAACGUGGCAACGUUUUUCGAGAUAUCGGUAUUGGCAGAAAACUACGCCAAGGCUAUUCAGGCAGCUGAAUGCAUGUUUAUGCUACGACCCCCCAAAUGGUAUCUAAAAUCGACUAUCGGCAACAUAACGCUGAUCGAUCGAGCUCGAAAGCGAACAGAGGAAGCCGGAACGGGAAUACCGAUUGAACAACAGAUCUUCCAGUUUUGGAUGGAGUUUUUCAUGGAAGCGACUGCACCAGAACCAACAAGCACGGUUCGCUUCCCGAUACUUAUACUAGAGCCGCAGAAAGUCUACAUGCCCAGCUAUGUGGCGAUCCACAUGGAUGCGGAGCAGAAGUCGAUCGAUAUCUCAAAUAUCUGUCUGCAGCAUGCCAAAGGCACCUGUCUGAAGCUACAUGAUUUUAACUUUCAAGCCAACCAAAUCAAAUCGGUCAGCUUGUACAAGCGCGACGAACGCUGCGCUUACCUCUACGUACAGCAAAACUCGGACGACUUCCAAAUGUUCUUCCCAUCUGUCCAAUGCCGGCAAACGUUCUACGAUCGUAUACUGCAGAUGACUGCCGACCAAGGUUCGGGUUUCAUCGAUCUUUCUUCGGCGGAGACAACAGCCGAUGAACUGAAGUACGAAUAUGAAACGGAUGACCACGGUCGUCGCAUUGUUCUCGGCAAGGGUACGUACGGAACGGUAUAUGCGGCUCGCGAUCUUACAACUCAGGUGAAGAUCGCAGUGAAGGAAGUGCCAGAACGCAACACACACGACGUGCAACCACUGCAUGAAGAGAUUAAGUUACAUUCACAGUUACGCCACCGCAACAUAGUUCAGUACUGGGGUUCGAAGUCGGAGGAUAACUUUUUCAAAAUCUUUAUGGAGCAGGUACCGGGUGGGUCGCUCUCGGCACUGCUGCGCUCCAAAUGGGGUCCGCUCAAGGAAACGGCAAUCGCUUUUUACUCACCCCAGAUACUGGAGGGUUUGAAGUACUUGCACGAUCAGAAGAUUGUCCACCGGGACAUAAAGGGUGAUAAUGUUCUGGUCAAUACGUACAGCGGCGUGGUGAAGAUCUCCGAUUUUGGUACCUCAAAACGGCUGGCCGGCAUCAAUCCAGUGACAGAGACAUUUACCGGUACGCUACAGUACAUGGCGCCGGAGGUAAUCGAUCAAGGUGUACGUGGCUACGGGCCAGCGGCAGACAUCUGGUCGUUUGGGUGUACCGUUGUUGAGAUGGCCACCGGCAAACCUCCGUUCAUCGAGCUCGGCUGUCCUCAAGCGGCCAUGUUCAAGGUGGGUUUCUACAAGACGCACCCAACCAUCCCACCGGAGCUAUCUGAGCGCGCCAAACGCUUUAUUCUCCGUUGCUUUGAGGUCAACGUAGAUCUGCGUGCGACAGCCGCCGGAUUACUGGAUGAUCCCUUCCUAUGCGACAUGAACAAAAAGAUGCGUCCAUCGAUCAGCAGCAGCAGUGCAAGCGGGAUCAUUGGUGGUGUUGGGGGAGGUGCUGGCGGUGUGCCAUCAAUUACCGGCUCGUCGGGUUAUGAAUUUGCCCGCAGCGUCAGCAUGCCCGCAGAUCGACAUGUCACGAAGCCACUCUCCUCACAGCAUAACACGGCUGUGUGCAACACACCAACAAUCGGUUCUGAAAAUAACUCAAGCUCCUCGGCUUUCUAUACAACGGCCGCGUCCGUAACCAGUCCGACUGUACUGUCGGCCUCGGUUCGAUCUCGGAACAGACAACUGUCUCAGCUAACACCGAUCAAAAUGCCCAAGCAGGGUGGUGGUGGGAACAGUAUCGGUAACCUAGCUGAGACACCUUCACUUGAGAUUGAACCGGCUGAUCAAACGCCUACAGCUUUUCACCUGAAUCGUCGUAGUUCAUCUGGUGUACUGCUCUCACCAGAGGUUGAACUAACAUCAUCCACGACAAGUAAGUCGCCUCUGGGUGCUGUUAGUGAGGCUAGCGAAAGCGACGGUUUUUAUUUGUUGAAAAAGGAUUCGCAAAGACGCACCACAUUGGACAAGGUGUUAUAUCACGAUGUGAACAAAAUCUGCGAGGUGUGGCUGGACAAGAUCGAGUCGGAUCGCAAGGAGAAAGUGGUGAUAACGCGAAGUCACCUCGAAACGUUAUUAAACGCGUUACGCCGGUACAUAACUGAGCAGCGAAAGGAAGCGCUAGAGCAAGCGAUCGGUCAACUAAAGGAGCGGCUCGAUUUUGAUUCAACCGCCAUUGAUCAUUUGCACCUGGCGCUAUACUCGUUCCAGGAUGCAGUUAACACAGUUUUACGGUCGCAUAACAUUAAACCACACUGGAUGUUUGCGUUAGACAAUCUGGUAAAGAGUGCGGUACAAGCCGGAAUCAUGAUAUUGUCGCCAGAAUUAGGGGCAAAUCUCGCCGGCCAGACACCAAACGACGAUGAUGAUGAGUAUGAUAACGAAGAUACUGGUUGCUCGGGCGUUGCUAUUGCAGGUGCCACUGGUGUUGGACCCGCGGUAAUUGUGAACCGGAAAGGUCCGCGUAAUCGUGAAAAUGCUGACCGAUCGUUAGCAGUAGUUCGCGACUCACGGCGACAGUAUCCGCGAGAUGAGCACGAUUGCGUGACUAUGCACAACUACGAGGAUUGCGAAGACGAUGAGGAUGACGAGGAGGACGAUGAUGGUGACGAAAAUGAGGAAGGGUAUCGUAUUGGAAGAAGUCUUCAUCGAUCGUAUCGCAAUGGGACUGGUCUGGUCGGUUCGGCUAGCUCCACCACCAUUACCACCGUGCAGCAGCGGGGAGCCAAACGAAAUGCAGAGCUGCGAGCAGAAAUUACAAGACUGAAGGAAUGCAUUAUAGAAUCUCAGCGAGCUUACGAAGCCACUUUCCGGGCGCUGCUCGACAACGGUGCGUUCACGCGAUGCCUUAGUGAUCAACUAGUUGCACUAAUAGAGCGGGGAAUCGAUCGUGAUGAACGCCACGGUACCAAGCGUCCGUUCGCUGCAAACCAGCUGGAGGAGCAGAAUAUAGAGCACCAUAAAGAACGAAACGAGGAGGAUAAAAAGAAAGAACGGCGGAACGAAUGGAAAAGCGCUAAUGUAGCUGUUGCCGAUGAGAUGCCGCCGGAUCCCGAUCGAACCGUGCUGGACAACUGGCUGCAGCAGCAAGGAAUAGCGAGUACUACGAGCCGCCAGCGAAUAUUGCGCGAGGGCUUCCGUUUCCAUGAUUUUCUUUACGAUCUCGAGCGGGACGAUCUGCGCCGGCUAGGUUUGAGAAUGGGAGAACAACUACGGAUUUGGAGUGCAUUAAAGGCGCACCGCCAACAACAACUCCAUCAGCCCACCACUAUCUCCAACUGCCGAAACAGUGCGACCGAUGAAAACAACCAUCAGGCAACCUUACCGCAUGGUCCGCAACGAUACUCAUACCGCGAGGAGGAUGAAGACUUUGACUAGCGGACAAGUUUAUUGUUCCGAGCAUAUGGCUCGAGGCUUUGCGUCGCCAAUGUUCAUCGUACAAUUGCAACUAUUGUGUGCGUGUAUAUCUGUUUGUGUGUGCCAUAAGCUUGCAGGAAGCAGAAGGCGACCGUAAGAGCUAUAAAUCUCCUCCAUACGCCUAAUUGCACAAACCGCUGGGCUGCUACCGUCCUGUAUCCAUUUUAGUUAUUAAGAUACUGCGCAAUAAUACGAGUGCCUUGGUGAUUAUAGGCUGAUCCUAAGCUGAUAUUGGAGACCGCCACUAUUGCGAAUCGUUGGAAAUAGCUACUAUCAGCCAAGAACAAAUAAAUAAUCCAAGAAAUGCUUUCUAAAACUGCUUAACUAGCAAUUUUAUCUCUCUUCUUUUUCUCAGAGCCAAAACAUUAAACGAUAGUAGGAAAGUGAAAAGAAGUUAUUAAACAUUUCUAAAACU